AUGCUCAUUAGAUUAUCGUUCUUUGUAAAAGGCAAGAACGUGACCAUGUCUGUUGAUAAUUCUGUAGUUGAUUCUUCAGUGACUGAAUGGAAGCCUGAUGUAGAGAUUAAGAACAAUCAAGAAAGCCCAAAUGACAAAGUAGAAAAGGAUGCGUAUCGUUCUGGGGCAGAAGAUCAAGACCAUUCUUGUGAACAAGUAGGAACCUCAAAUGCAAAUAAAAGGAGUAAAUCAAGAUAUUUCAUCAUAAAGAGUUUAAACCAUGAUAAUAUCCAACUAUCAAUCCAGAGAGGAAUUUGGGCUACCCAAAUGAUGAAUGAACCCAUCUUGGAAGAAGCCUAUCAUAAUUCUGGUAAGGUGAUUUUAAUAUUUAGUGUGAAUAUGAGUGGUUUCUUUCAAGGGUAUGCCCAGAUGAUGUCAUCUGUUGGGUGGAGAAGGGACAAUGUUUGGAGCCAUGGACAUGGUGGAAGCAAACCAUGGGGUCGCAGUUUUAAGGUGAAAUGGCUUCGGUUGCAAGACUUGCCUUUCCAGAAGACACUUCAUUUAAAGAAUCCUUUGAAUCAAUACAAACCUGUUAAAAUCAGUAGAGAUUGCCAGGAGUUACCUCAAGAUAUUGGAGAAGCUCUGUGUGAGCUGAUUGAUGGGGAAAAUUGUUUGGAUGAAAAUCAGACUAGUUACGCGUUUAACAUGGAUAUAUUGGCACCGAGUUUUUAUGGUUUACAAGAGGAGGAAUGUGAGGUGGCGGUGGCCCCCACCCCCAUGCAUAUAGCAUCAACACCUAUGAUGUACCCUUCAAUGCUGUAUCAGCAUGAAUCAGAAGCAAGUAGAUUUCAUCAAAGACAAGCAGCAGGGGGAUUUCAUAAUCAUAACACAGAAGAAACUAGUUUUAUGAACAAAAAUGUGGACAUGGGUGGUGGUGGUGAUAAAUCCUUGGUAUGUGAUGAUUGGGAUUUGUGUGCAGAAAGGAACGGAGGAGGACAUGGACAUGCUAAUAAUCAUAAUCAUAAUAAUAAUAAUAAUAAUAAUAAUAAUAAUGCUAUUACUGAUGAUGAUAUCCUCGAAAUGACAUAUGAAGAGUACCUGGAAGCCCAUGCCAGAGGUGCCAAAAGAAUGUCACGUCAACCGGUGAAGGAGCCUUGUAGUAGAAAAAGUCGAGACUCAUCCAUUAGCAAAGAGCACGAUGAUGAGUCUGAUUCGCGUUCGCGGUCGAGGAAGAGAAGUCGGCAUCACCAUCAUCAUCAUCGUCGUAAAUGACUGGAAUGAAUUUAGUUGUGGUUUUCCUUCAUUUGCUAGUAUGUAUGUGCCAAAUGAAAGAUAGAUGAUAGAUACCAAGAAGUUAGUUAUAAUAUAUAUGAUGUUGUACUCUUGGUUGCUAGCUAUAUCUUUACUUUCUAUAUCAUCUGUAAACUGAAUUUGUGAAUUAACAUGUAAAUAAAUAUGUCAACACUGUUGCUAUAUGUCUACUUUUCUUUUGUGUAAACUACUUGUGAC